AUGCGGCGCGCAACUCCCCCCCUUCCCGCGCCCGCCAUGCUCUCUCACCGUCGUCCGCGCGCGCAGCGCAAGGAGGCGCGCGAGGAGCUGCAGGGGGAGGUGGCGGCGAUGCGGCGCGUGGGGGGGCACGCGCACGUGGUGGCGCUGCGCGCGCUGUUCGAGGACGCGGAGAGCGUGCACCUGGUCAUGGACCUCUGCGCGCACGGCGACCUCUACGACUACCUCAUCGCGCGCACCACCCUGCCCGAGCCGCUCGCCGCUGACGUCACCAGGCAGAUCCUACUAGCCCUACACCACUGCCACGCGUCAGGAGUGGUGCACCGGGACAUCAAGCCCGAGAACAUUCUCCUCGCUGCCAAGGACGAGGCAGCGGGCAAGCUGCACCUCAAGCUCGCGGACUUCGGCCUGGCAGUGAUGCUGCGAGCGGGGCAGCAAGCAGUGGGCAUGUACGGCAGCGCUGUGUACAUGUCUCCGGAGGUCGUGUGCCGCCGCCCCUAUGGGCCCGCUGUCGACCUCUGGGGGCUGGGCGUCAUCCUCUACACCGCCCUCUCAGGCUACAUGCCGUUUUGGGGCAGUACGGACGAGCAGCUGUUCUUCCGCAUUCUGCGCAACCAGCCCGACUUCUCCAUCGCGCCCUGGCCCUCCGUGGCGCCCGCUGCCAUCGACCUCGUGCGCUGGCUGCUCUCCUCCGACCCCGCCCACCGCCCCUCCGCCGCUGUCGCGCUGCACCACCCCUGGCUCGCCCAACACUGCGGCCGGGAACCCGUUCCCUCGCCCCGCCCCGCCCCGUCCCCGUGUGUUCCGGUGGGGGCGCCAGGAUGGACGGGCGAGAGCGGUGUGGAGGGCGGCAGGGAGGGGAAGAGAGAGGGGGAGCGCGUGAAAGCAGCAGCAGAGGCGGGUGGGGGUGCAGCUGUGCCGAGGGACUCGGAGGGGGUAGGCAGUGGGAGGGGCGGUGCGGCAGGUGCUGCAGCAGCAGCAGGAGGGAGCAGAGACACGGAGAUGGGCGGUGUGGAGCCGCAGCGCACCUCGUGGGACGGCGCUGCAGGCAGUGAAGCAGCGGCAGUGCGAGGAGAGGAGAGGGGCAGGCAGGAGGGCAAGCAGGAACAGCAAGGAGAAGAGGGUGGGAGGCAAGAGCAAGGGGCCGGGGUGGCGGCGCAUGGCAGCAUGGAUGUGGAUUCACAACAGGGUGCGAGCGCGGUACAGCAGGGCGGGCGGCAGAAGCAGCCCAAGGCGCCGCCGAUCCAGCUGCCUCUCUUCGCGUCCUUCACUGGCCCCGCCUCGCCCCUCUUCUCCUCGCCCACCUCCGCUGCCAAUCGUGCUGGCAGCAGUGGCGGUGGCAGCGGUGUGUUCCUCUUCACUGCACGCCCCACCAGCGGCAGCAACAGCCACGCAGGCUCGGGUGGGAGCAUGUGGGACAGGGAGGGCAGCAAGGCGAAGCACAAGGAGCAGCAGAGGCAGCAGGUGCAGCGCCACUCGCAUGCUCACAAGCAGCAGCGAGCUUCUGCGGCAGCAGGCAGCAAGGAUGCACACAAGGAAGGCACCGCGAAAGCACCCGUGGAAGCAGCAGAGCAGAAGGCGCGGCGGUCGUCGCACUUCCGGUUCUUCUCCCCCAAGCGCAAGGCCCGCCGCUCCCACGUCGUUGUCUCCACCACCCCGCUCCCUGCCCCUCCGCCGCCUCCCCUCUCCUCCCCGUCCCCAUCCCAUUCCCCUCUGGGCGUGUCUCAGCCCAACGCCCAGGUCACCCCCCCUGCUGCCCCCUCUUCCUCUGCGCCCAUGGCCUCCAUCACCGUCCCCCUCGUGCGCCGCAACCCCCCUUCCACUGCCGCUGCAUCCCCCGCCGCUGCUACUGACGCUGCUGCUGCUGCCCCCACGGAUACUGCUGCUGCUGUUUCCACUGCGCCUGUUGUGUCUGUCACCAUCCCUGUCAUCCCACCCAAACCCCCUCUCGACCCAACCCAAGAGCUCCCAUCCGUACCUGAGAUCCAGGCGCGCCUAUCCGGGCCUGACGGGUCCAUAGCAGUGUCAUCGCUCUUCUCCUUCCUGCGACCGCUCAACCCCAUGGCCGCCAGGAAGUCCUCCUCCUCCCUCUCCCGCGCUGCACACCGCCCCGACUCCGACUCUUCCAUGUCCACAGCGCCGCCCAGCUUUCUCUACAGCCCGCGCGAGCCCCUCAAGUCGCCCCACCACCACCACUCCUUCUCUGCCGCCGCCAGCAGCAGCAGCGGCGGACUGCUCCCCUCCAGCAGCGCUCCCCGUGCGGCGGCGGCUGCUGCGUCGGAGCCGUCGUUUGGGUUGGGGCGCCUGGCGCGGCCUCUGCAGGGCAUGGCGGCCCUCAUGCGCCCCGCCUCCCCCUCCGCCUCCUCACCCGCACUCGCCCCAUCGCCGUCAGACUCGCCGCAGCACAGCAUGGGAACGGGGAUGGGGCGAUCAGGAGCAAGUGCGCACACACAAGCACACGAUGAGGGCUCCACAAGCACAGCACCACGCACACACCUCACCACCUCCGCCAGUGCACCCAAUGUAACCACCAUGCCUGCUGGCACUGCUGCUGCUGCGGAGCCUGCAGUGCCGCAGGCGCCUCGCCGGGCCAGAGGGCUCAGCUCCAUAGUGAAGGCCUUUGCCUCGCUCUCCACUGCUGCUCCCCUGGGGAAUGUGGGGUCCGGCCAGCAGCACAGUGGGUGGGCCAUGGGUGGUGGUGGUGGUGGAAGAGAGAGUGCGAGGGGGGGAGAGGAUUCACACAAGGGGCAGCAAGAAAAUGGGGAUUCGACGAGUGUGAGUCACUCAGAAGCGGUUAGUGAAGGUGUGUCAAGAGAUUCCUUUACAUGGCAACGGCAGGGUAGCUGGAUCUUUCGACGAUAA